AUGGUGCUUUUAGACGUUAACACUUACGAGGAGGAAGUUUUGCGGCAAUUGCAUAAAAACCGGCACGUUGAAUUCUACGGCGGAGGAACGCAGUGUUGUGGGAACAGUGCGUUGAGUCACGACCUCUACCAGCUGGGCUACACGGACAUCACCAGCAUCGACUACUCUGCAGUGUGUAUCACAAGCAUGCGGGAUUACUACGGCCACUGCCCUGGACUCCAGUGGGCAGUUAUGGACGCCCAGGCUCUGGCCUUCCGGGACAAGAGCUUUGAUGUGGUCUUAGAGAAAGGCACUCUGGAUUCCAUGAUGGUGGAAGAAACAGAUCCUUGGCAUGUAUCUCAGGAAGCCAAAACAGUCCUGGAACGGGUUUUGACAGAGGUCAGCCGAGUCUUGAAGCCCCGGGGGCGCUUCGUCUCCAUCACGUUCGCGCAACCGCACUUCCGCACGCCCCACUACGCCCAGCCCGCCUACGGCUGGUCCACCCGUCAUGUCACCUACGGCAGCGGCUUCCAUUACUUUGUGUACGUCAUGAAGAAGGGCGAGGCGCUGUCCCCUUCCGACCUGGCCCUGGGGCAGAGCCUCCACUUGCCCCCCGGCGCUCCCACCCCCGUCUCCCAACUCCAAGACGCGGAAGGAGAGGACUUUCUCUCCGCCAUUGAGCUAUGAAAGUCCGGCACGGAGAGAGAGGGCAUCCGUCGCUUCCCAAGGAAAAGGAUUCAUUCAAAAGGUGCUGUCGAACUUCAGCAGCCAGCGUUCCUCUGGGUCUCUCUGGUUGAUCCCUUCUUGCCUAUGUAUGAAUUUGCUUUUAAAAUUUUCUAAUGCCUUCUCUGCAGUUGGCAAAAGGAGCCAAUUUUCCCCGUGGAACGGGAUGGGAACGUUUUCUGCCGCCAACUCCUCCUCUGCAUUAAACAUUUCCCUCUAAAGCCUCUCUGCUGGCAUCGCGGGCUAAAAACUGGUGUGUGGAAAGGGGGCGGGGCAUCCAAAUCCCUGUAUUUGUUGUUAAUGUUUUGGCUGUGCCAAUAAUCUUUUUAAAAAAAUGUUUGGCCUUCUCCGAUUGUGAUUGGAAAGGUGCAAACUGGGCUGUAUCUUCUCAACAGUCCUUGGAAAGGGGCGGGGUGUGUCUGAAGAAGAAGGCCGAGAAUUUGUGGCUGUCUUUUCUCUGCUGCCUUAAAACACUCAAGUGACUGUCCUGCAUCUUUUCGUUUCUAAAUAAAGCACAGCUGGAACUGU